AUGCGAUUUAGCAUUAACCAAGUGAUGUUGAAAACAAAAAUGAUUAAACUGUAUGGAAAUACUAUGGAGCAAGUUGCAGAGGAUAUGGUAGAAAGGAUUAGAUUUAUACGGAACAAGGAUAACACACUGAAAAAUGACAUAUUCACAGAGCUGAAUUUAUGGGCUUUAGAAUCAGUGGGAGUCGUAGCACUGGGUGGACGCCUUAAUUGCUUCGAUCCCAACUUACCAGAUGACUCUCCUGUGAAGAAGCUUAUAAAAACAAUUCAUGGUGUAUUAGCAGCAGCAGAAAAGCUUGAUUUUCAACCGAGUCUAUGGAAAUAUUUUUCAACGAGCGCUUAUAAGAAAGGAAUAAAGUUAUAUGAGGAACACAUGAAGUUAAACGAGUAUUUCAUAGACAAGGCUAGCGCUGAACUGAAAUCGACAGGUGAAAAAGAUUACAAAGACAAAAGUGUGCUUGAAAAAGUACUAGAUAUCGAUCGAAAAAUUGCAUUAGCCACUGCGUACGAUAUGCUGUUUGGUGGUGUUGAUACGGCUGGCUCGACUGCUUUGGCUUUACUGUACCUUCUAGCCACAAAUGAGGAAAAGCAGGAAAAAUUAAGAGAAGAGGUUUUAUCGAAACGAGAAAAACAACCAUAUAUGAGAGCGUGUAUUAAGGAGAGUUUGAGGCUAUUUCCUGUAUUUGCUGGAAACUUUAGAAAAACCACAAAAGAACAUGAUAUUCUAGGUUAUAGAAUACCGAAGGAUGUAAGAUAUUGCUAA